AUGGUGGAGGGCGGCGACAAGGGCGGGGGCGGCGACGUCGGCGGAGGGCGGCGACGACGGCGCGGCGAGGCGGCUGGCGACGAGGGCGGAGGGCGCGCGGCGGGGCGCGCGACGACGGGGGCUGGCUGGGGCGGCGACGACAGCGACGGGGACGGGCUGGGCCGCUACGCGGGCGGCGACGGGCUCGGCGACGGGGCGCGCGCGACGGGGGCGAGAAGAACAGAUGAACUGAAGCCAACCGAAAUUUUCAUAAGAGGCGUGGCGACCAAGCAGGAGGUCCCGGCGAACCGGGAGAAUAAGACACCACAGCAGGUGAAUCAGGAGCUGAGGGAGUCCCUGUCGAAGCAGGGGAACUUCCGCAAACUGGCGGAGCGCUACGGCGGCGUGGACGCCCUCCUCGACCUGUAUGCCGGCGACGGCAACGACAACUGCUUCGACGAUUGGUGCUGCGUCGUCAACCCCGAUGGCUCCUACUACUACAUGGACAGCCACUACGCUCCUGCCCCCGAUUACUUGCUGUCCUAUGAUGAUGAUGGUCGACUUGUUCUCUUCAAACAAGAAAAGAGCAUGCAUCAAUGCACCACCCAUGGAGAAAUUUUGCGAAUAAAUGUACUAGCAAAGUAG